GUUAGUUAUUGGACAAGGUUCCAAAGAUGUAUAAAAGAGUCGCUAAGCGGAUCGAGCGACAUGAAAGGGAAGAGAAGUUGGGGAUCACAGAGGAGGAGAAAGAGAUCCUUGGACUCCAGGAUACGGACACAGACGAGUCGGAGUCGUCCGACUCUGACGAAGGCUCUGACAAGGAGGAUGCUGAGGGUUUCGAGGUCGGGAGUGAGCUGGAUGAAAUGGAUGAAAGACCUCAAGAAAAUGGCGACGACGAAACUGAUAGUGAUGAUGAUGAGAGCUUAAGCGACAUUGUCCCCGCCGUCACAGUCGAACAAGCACUCAAAUCACCACUCUAUACAUUCCUCGGUGACACCAAAACAGAAGGUUGCUUCGUAUGCCCAGGAAAGUUCCUCGCAUCACGCAACGCCUCGGAGCUGCAUGUGAAGUCUUCGAGCCAUAAACGACGUUUCAGACGCUUUCAGGCGUAUGUCGAUGACGCCCAGAAAAAGGGUGAUGCGCUCGCUGGAGCCGAGGCCAGUGAGAUCGUACAGAAGAUGGAUGCGGACCGCCCGCCACCUCCGGAGCGGAUCACAGGAGCGGUCCAACCGAAAGGCCCAAAGCCGCCCAACAGAAAAAUGCGCCGAGAGGCGUUGAGGAAGGCGAAGGAGGUUGAAGUGGAGGAGACAAAGGCAAAGAAUGGAGACAAGGUCGCCGAGGACAGAGAGGCGACGACAAAAGCUGUGAAUGAGGGAGGUGUGAAAGCAGCUGUCGAUAUCCCAGCGACGAAGAAAGAGAAGAAAACGGCGAAGGAAGCACUGGCGAAACCUAACGCCUUCCCUGCUGCUGCUGCUGCUGCUCCGCAUAAGCGCAAGAGAGCAAAAGACACCGAUGUCCCCAUCUCCACCAAACCCAAGAAGCAAAAGACCAAACCUGUGGCCGCCUAACCUCCCUUCUAUCAGGAGGCGAUACCCGUCAAGCACGUAUACCCAUCCAUAGCACACUCCGCAUGGCGUACAAUAAAGAUGCCAUAAUAUGUAACAUUAGC